AUGUUAGGAACUGGACUCCUGCUUUACUUGCUCUCUAAGGAAAUCUAUGUAAUUAACCAUGAGACAGUUGCAGCGGCCUGCAUAUUAUCAGUCAUCAUCUAUGGCGUAAAAAAAUACGGGUCUGAUGUAGCAGCUUUUGCUGACAAACUUAACGAGGAGAAAGUUGCUAAAGCUUUAGCUGUGAAAAAUGAGGCUAUUAAAAAUCUUGAGACUGCCAUUGAACAGGAGAAGAAGGAGCAGUGGCGAGUUGAAGGCCGCAGUUACCUCUUUGACGCUAAGCGGAAUAAUAUUGCAAUGUUGCUGGAAACUAAUUAUCGAGAAAGAUUACUGACAGUGUACAAUGAAGUAAAGAAAAGGCUGGACUAUCAAGUGGCUCUGCAGAAUUUAAAGCGUCAGAAAGAACAAGAUCACAUGAUUCAGUGGGUGGAGAAAAAUGUUGUUCAGAGCAUCACACCUCAACAGCAGAAGGACAGUAUUGCAAAGUGCAUUUUGGACCUGAGGGCAUUAUCGAAGAGUGCACAGGCAGCCGCGUAA